UUUGGCGGUCAUUGACCAGUCCGUGCCUCGCGGUCACGUGGAACUCACAACCCAUAUUCCAACUGAUGUAUUCAUAUCAAUUGGAAUAUGGGUAUCGUGACUUGUCCAGAGUGUACACCGCCUUCCGCCCAUGUGCAGCGGAGAUAGGCGCCAGCACCCCCCGCGACCUCGAAAGGGACAAGCGGACGGUUCUUCACUCAAGCAGCCGCUUGUGUCGGAUGAGUACUUUUACAGCCAGCUGAUGGCGUCCACUUUCAACUGAAAAUAGUCCAACAGCUGCUUGCGAUGGAGCUGAAGGAGUGACAGGCUUAACGCUACAGGAUACAAUUUUAAAACUUUUUUUUUUCAAAGUUUUCUUGAUCAAACAUUUCUUUUGAUCGAGUGGAACCAUGGGGGCCACAGGCUACGGCUACUACCGGGGGACAAUCUUCUGUUGCAUGUUCAUUGGCUACAUGCUCUAUUUCUUCAACAGGAAGACAUUCUCCUUUGUCAUGCCUGCCGUGAUGGAUGAAAUUAGCCUUGACAAAGAUGACUUGGGUCUGAUCACCAGCAGUCAGACCAUGGCAUACGCCAUCAGUAAAUUCAUCAGCGGUGUGUUGUCGGACCAGAUUAGUGCCCGCUGGCUUUUCUCCAUUGGCCUCUUUGUGGUGGGAGCCAUCAACGUGGUUUUCUCCUGGUCUUCUACUGUGAAUAUGUUCGCUGUGCUCUGGUUCGUUAACGGGCUGGGACAAGGCUGCGGCUGGCCGCCAUGUGGGAAGGUCCUACGUAAGUGGUUUGAGCCGUCUCAGUUCGGAACAUGGUGGUCUGUGCUGUCCUGCAGCAUGAACAUGGCGGGAAGUCUAGGUCCGAUAUUGGUCACCGUACUCCUCCACUACUAUGACUGGAGGACCAUCCUAACAAUGUCAGGCAUCUUCUGUGCUGCCUUCUCGCUUGUGACCCUGUUGUUGGUGAAGAAUGAACCAAAGGAUGUGGGCCUUCCCAGUCUUGUGGUAGCGGCCAAGAAGGGAGCAAAGCGAGGCAUCAGUGAAAGCACCCUGAGUGAGUUCCUUCUCUCGCCGUUUCUUUGGGUGCUGUCUCUGGGCUACCUGGUGGUGUUUGGGGUGAAGACAGCUGCAACUGACUGGGGACAGCUGUUCCUCAUGCAGGAGAAAGGCCAGACCGCUCUAAUGGGCAGUACGUACAUGAGUGCGUUGGAGGUGGGAGGAUUCCUUGGCAGCCUUGCUUCAGGCUUUAUCUCUGACAGAGCUGUUGCGCGACGUGGCCUGGGCACACAUGGCAACCCUCGCCAUGGCUUGCUGAUUGUAAUGAUGGCUGGUAUGUACAUCUCAAUGUACCUCUUCCGGGUCACCAUCACGCCUGAAAUCCCAAAGGAGGCUCCUCUUUGGGUCCAAGUCCUCCAUCCGUUGUCUGUGCUACUCGGUGUCUCUGAAAGAGAGAUCUGGAUUCUCUCUCUCGGUGCCAUGUUUGGAUUUUCCUCUUACGGACCAAUCGCUCUGUUCGGUGUGAUUGCAAGCGAAUGUGCGCCUCCCAACUUUUGCGGAACAUCCCAUGCUAUUGUAGCUCUGAUGGCUAACGUGGGGGCUUUUGUUGCCGGCCUUCCCUUCAGCACUGUAGCCAAACAACACAGCUGGGACAUGGCGUUCUGGGUCGCCGAGGUCUUAAUGGCUGCCACAACCGUUUUGUUCUUCCUGGUUCGAAACAUGCGCACCAAAAUGGGAAGAAGAGAGAAAACGGAAUAAAGUACACUCUUAAUGUUGUUACUCACGGUCACGGUGCUGCGUACAUCAUAAAGCACAUAAACGCCACAUAAAAUCUCCUAGUGCACAUUGAACUCAGGGUUGAUUUAAUUGCGUAGAAUGUGAAACCUAGAAUUUGACCCCCUGUUGAUUUUGUAAGUCCCCCCCCAUACAAUAAUAUUUAUUUACAUACAGAAAAUACAAAUACAUAUAUAAUUGAUGAUGAUUACAAUGGCUAAAUGAAAAUGUAACAUGGCAGACGUUACUUUCUUUAUUGAAUUUACAGUACUAGUGUUUGUCACCUUCUUUACCAAAAUGUUGACAAGGUGGCUUGCAUUGUAGUACUAAGACCCAAUCACUGAAGUGUUGGAUUUUUUGUUUAGACGCAUGAUUGGUGGAAUGAUAGGCCUUAAAAUACAGUGUUUUAGAAUACAAUUUAUGAAAAUUGAGUGCAGGAAAAAUUGUUGCUUCAAAACCCAAGACCCACUUCUAUGAAGGUUAAUGUGUGUCUUAAGUACCAAAGCUUCUUUUUACACUGAAUUUUUUCGCGUUUUAAUUUAGGGAACUGAAUAUCAAAACACUGCAUUUUAACAACUGAAUGUUUAAACACAUGCAUUUGCUUACAAUUUUUUAUUCUGUAAAGUUGUCAGCAUAAUUUAAUGUUAAUUUAUGGAGGUUCAUUUGUGUCUUUAUUACAAAACCUUUUUCUGACACUGAAUUUAUAAAACAAAAUGUUUUGCAUUUGAAUUUUGUGAACUGAUUUUUUUUUUUUUUUUUUUUUACAUCAAAUGAUGCUGACAAUUUCACUGAAGAAAAAUUUGAGAGAAAAAUUAGGUUUCAAUAUUAAGUUUGGAAAAAUUCAGUGCAGAAAUAUUUACCGCUUCAAAACUCAAGACUCACUUCCGGUAAAUCAAGACUGAAGCGAUCGAGCUUGCCUUAGAACUAGCCAAUAAGGUGUCACAUUUGAAGUCACAUGACACAGAUUGAAUAUUUCUGAGCGGAAAUUUUACACACUGAAUUUUAAAGCACAAAUUUUGCUCACAAAUUAGAAUCAAUGAAAUUGUCAGCAGAAUUUGACUUAAAAAAUCAGUGUACAGGAUCCAAACACAAACAAAUUCAGUUGCUAAAGUCAGUGUGCAUUGUUUUGCCAAAAAUGAACUGCUAAAAAUGAAUCGUAAAGAAACUGAGGUGCCAAAGUCAUGACUGUUUGAUCCCAAUGCAAAAACAUAGUUUGGUGCAAUGUACUUUUCAACAUGUUCUUACUUCCUGUUCAACCACACAGGCACACAAUAUUUGUGAAGUGAAUUAUAUUUAUAUAGCGCUUUUUCUCUAGUGACUCAAAGUGCUUUACAUAGUGAAACCCAAUAUCUAAGUUACAUUCAAACCAGUGUGGGUGGCACUGGGAGCAGGUCGGUAAAGUGUCUUGCCCAAGGACACAACGACAGUGAUGGCGGUAGCGGGAAUUGAACCUGCAACCCUCGAGUUGCUGGCACGGCCACUCUACCAACCGAGCUAAACCGCCCAAUUUAUUUUAAUUCUUCCCCAAUUAAUCAAUUCAUGGUAUUUUAAAAAUACCAUGAAUAGAUUAACGUGGAUCCCGACUUAAACAAGUUGAAAAACGUAUUCGAUGUUACCAUUUAGUGGUCAAUUGUACGGAAUAUGUACUGUACUGUGGAAUCUACUAAUAAAAGUUUCAAUCGAUCAAUCAGAGCUAAAAGGGUAUGCCAAAAACAAAAAAUACAUUGGCAGCAGUUUAGCCUUAUUUUCCUUAUUGAAUGUGUGCUGAUGGGGUGUUUGUAUUUUGGAAUAGUUUUCUAAAAUAUAUUUGCACAUAUUUGCUCCUUAUGAUGACAAACAUGCUCAUUGACAUUAAGGCAAUCAUCACACACUAUUGUUUGUUGGCUGUAUGGAUUCAGAUUUUUAAAAACAUUGUUUUUUGAGAGAUUGACUGUCAAUUCUGGCUAUACUGUACUGUUGUAUGUACUAUUGUAAUACUACUGCUGUAGGACAAAAAGGACAUAAUACCGGACAUUUUUAAAACCUGUGACUUUUGUCAAUUAUUAAUGGGAAUCCACUCAGUGCCUAUUUAGCAUUGAUUUAAGGUCAUGUAAGAUUUAUGUUUUUGUCCCAAUAAAAAUAUCAAUACAAAGUGCUUUUAAAAUUUCAA